GGUGCUGCAGAGAGGGGCGGCGCUGCUCACGGGAGUGUGUGAGCUGUGCGCCGCCGUCGCGGCGCCCUCCGCGCUGCCGCGUGCGCACCGGCCCCACUCUGCGACGCGCGAGCCCAACGGGUCGAGCAGCAGCCCUCCCGGGCCGGAGGAGGUGGCUGCGGUCGCGCAGGCGCUGCAGCUCCUCUCGUGCUGGGUCGCGGGCCGGUGCUGGCUGGGCAAGCUCCUCGCCGAGCGGGCGGAGCAGGUCUGGGACACGCUGCACGCGCGUGGUGGCGCGCGGCUCGACGCGGCGCUCAUCCUCUCUCGCGAGGCUGUGCGCGCAAACUUCGCCGCCAGCAAAACCAUCGACGCGCUCAGCCGGCACAAGGCGGCGGCGGCACAUUUGCUCGCGGCGGCUCGCGCGAAGGCGACGGCUGCCGAGACCGUCGCGGGGGGCGUCCCGGCGGCGUCGCUGCACCCGCUGCCGCGACUGGCGGCGGAGGUGGCCUGGGACGCAGAGACGAGGCCGCAGCCGGACGCCCAAGGAGCAAGGGCCGAGCCGGUAGCGGCUGGGGAGGCUUGCGCCGCCGCCACUGCUUCGGCCUCUCCUGCCGUUGCCGUCGCCGCUGCUGCCACCGCCGCUGCCACCGCCGCUGCCACUGCUGCUGCGACGGCGGCCGCCGCCGAGGCUGCGCGCGCCGUGGAGGAGGUAGAGGUUGCUGUAGAGCGGCGGCGUGCAGCCGUGGUGAGGGCGCGCGCGGUGGUGUCGCUGCUCGAGGCUGCGGUCGGGCUCGGCGACGCGAUGCUCGGCGAGCUCGCGGGAAGGCAGCGGCGCGGCGCCGCUGUCUUCGCCGUCGCGUCGCGGUGCGGAUGGGAGGGGCUGCGCCCGAGCGGCGCGGCGCUGCUCGAGCAG